GAAAUGGAUGAAGAAUUCAAUGAUGGCACCAUAGAGCAAUCUACAGAAACAACGAGCCCAGCAGAUAACAAAACAGCUGACUCUGCUUCAGCAAACACUAAUACAAAAAAGAAAACCAAUGCUACUACCACUUCUUCAACUGUCACUGCUGCCAUGUUAAUACCUGAUCUACCAGAGUUAACCAGAAAAGAUAUUUCAUUGAAGAAAGUGUUGAACUUGAUGGACGGCGACUUUGCUCCCAUUAUACCAGACGCGGUGACAGACUACUACUUGGCCAAAAACGGGUUUGAGACCACAGACGUCAAGAUCAAGAGAUUGCUUGCGUUGGCUACGCAGAAAUUCGUCAGUGAUAUAGCACAGGAUGCCUUCGAAUACUCGAGAAUCAGAAACUCAUCUGCUGUCUACAACUCAGCCAACCCACAAGUAAGAGCUAAACAAUUGCUUCAGGGUCAACAGUUUGCCAACCAACAGCUGUUAACGGGUGCUGGUGGAAAUAAUGCGGGUGUCGAAGGCGCCGGUGAUCAACAGCAACCAUCACAUUCGUCUUCCAGUAAUGCCGGAAAUCAACAAGGCAAGAUCGUUCUAACCAUGGAAGACUUGUCCAGUGCAUUGAGCGAAUAUGGCAUGAACACCUCGAGACCAGACUUCUACCGUUGA